UUCGUAUGCCUCCUGCAGGUCAAUCAUAGUUAUAAAGUUAGUGGCCUGACCUCAUCCAUUGUUUGCACGAUCUAGAUCCCUUUGGACAACGCAUCCUCUUUUUCUUGAUCGCGACAACCUCAACGUUGCGCUCCAAAAGCCUUUGUAACAUUCUGACCGAUACGACGCAACAGAUGUCAUCUAUGUCUAUGUCGUUGUCUACAUCUACUGGCUCCUGCUGUUAAGAACGAACUGUGUUUUCUCCCUUGCAACACUCGCUCCCAACGAAACCACCAAGAUCCUGCAGCUUUUGUGAAGCUCAACUAGGCGCGAGGUCGCCAGUAAGAAAAAUGUCGAGGGUCGCAACCCCACCGUCGACAACGCUGUCAGGACCGCCCUCGCCAACGGAACUGCACACUACCUCAGUAACGUUCACUGACCCCUUCGACUCCAACGACGACGCCGACACCAAGAAAAUGUCCCCAACAAAGCGCAUCAUUAAGACGACAACGACGACCAUCACCCCAAUCAAAGUCCACCAAAAACCCGUCUAUGUCAUUGUGGCCACCAGCCUCAACCCGCCGAUGGGUAUUGGCUAUAAAGGAGAGCUCCCAUGGCCUCAAAUCAAAGCCGAUAUGGCAUUCUUCCGGAAAGCUACAUCUCAUAUUGCCCCGUCGAUUUCACCAUCAUCAUCAACAACAUCAUUACCAUCGACCCAAACUCUCAACGCUGUGGUUAUGGGCCGCAAGACGUGGGAAAGCAUCCCUCCCAAGUUUCGCCCGCUCUCGAACCGACUAAAUGUGAUCAUCACACGAGCCAAGUCAAGCGACUUCGCCAGACACAUCCUCAAGGAGUUGCGCGCCUCAAACACCCAGAACGGCGAAUGGUCGCUCCAUGAAUUCUCAUCCCACACGAAGCAACGACUCAGAAAGCCCAGCGGUGCCAAUCCCACAAGCACAUUCCUGACACCACCACCUUCGACUCAAGCACAAGCCCCAAUCCUGAUCUCCCCGUCAUUACCAUCAGUUCUAACCCUCCUAUCCAAGCCCACCCCAAUCAUACUACCAGAUCCCAUAAAAGCAGGCGCUCCAACAUCCGCUCCCACCAGCAACAAUUCGACCUCGAUAUCAAUCAACAAGAUUUUCUGCAUCGGCGGCGCCGAGAUCUACAAACAAAUCCUCGCCAUCUCCUCCAACCACCACGACCGCCCCGCCCCAGAUUCCGACACAGACAGCAACUCCGACGGCGAAAGUGACGGUGAAUUCGACGUGCGCAUUCUCCAGACCCAAGUCCGAGCUCACGCCUCCCUCGCAAGCUCAACAGAACUCUCGAAACAAAGGUCGCCCGAACCAGACUUUGAAUGCGACACCUUCUUCCCGGAUCUGUUGCCUGCAGACCCGUCCAUCAAGUCUACCAAGUGGAAGUCUCUGCCGCAAGGGAGACUGGAUGAAUGGCUCGAUGGCCUGCCCGUACCCCAAUCCCAAAAUCAAAGUGGCGACGCACCUGGCUGGUAUAGGGACGACAAGGGGGGUGUGGACAUCCGUGUCGUGGGUUGGGAGAGGCGGGGUGCAAGGAGUGACUCGGUGAUUAGUCUUCCGUUGAACUUCAAGCCGUCAACGUCAACGAGAUAGUGACUGGAGGUAAUGGAUCCUGCUGGGAUGGAAGCAUAGGGCGAGGUUCUCCAACCAUGGAAUACUCCUGCGGUAGAGAUACCAUGAUCCGGGAUGCUUAUGUCUGGCGGAUCAUGAGCCGGGCAUGAUUGAUUACGAAUGGCAGCAGCACAGCCAAGAGAGGGAUUUCGACUGUUUGGAUGUCAACUUGGAAAAAUAGGACAGGUCAGGUAGAUGAUCUCCGGGCAAUUAUACUGCGCAGUUAAGAUCUCAGCAUUUACGACAACAUGUCCAGGUGAAUAAAGUACUUUUCAUAGGUAGGCAUGUACA